CAGCAAUUUCCCUCUCUCCUUUCUACUAUCAUUCCCCCCUUCCUACCACCACUUGGUGUCCGACGACGCUCCCCCAUUUUUUCCCUCAUCAACAUCAUCAGCGCACAAACAGCGCCUGAUACUGCCAUCCCUUGCAGCGGCGCUCUGCCGCCUCCGAUUUUUCCCUCCUUUUUUCAAUUUUUUUUUUCAUUCCCACAAUCCCCUUUUUGCUACUUUUUUUUCUUCUCCCUCACCGUUGCCUCCCCCUACUUUUCUAUCUUUUAUUCUUCCUAUCCCCCCUUCUCCGCCCCAUUCACAUUGUGUCCGCCACUGAUAUUGGUUGCUCGUUCAACCCCAGCAGCGUUGAAACUCUCUCUCUACGCUUGCUUGGGCUUCUCAUUUAUCUUUUUCCUUUCCUUUCCUUCCCUCAUUUACAUGUCUGCAAAACUUUGAUUUCUUUCCUCCUUUUUUAUCACUUCGAUUUCGAAAGUUUCAAAAAAAUUUUUAAUUAAUUUUUUUUUAUUUCCAGAUUUCAAAAAAGAAACUUUUUCUUCCAGUCUCUCAUUUUCACACACUAUUUCUCUUUUUUAAUUUUCUCUGUUAUCAGUCACAAGUUUAUAUAGUACAUACAGCAAACAAUAACCACACUUCUUGCUAUCCGCUAAUUUUUUAUUCAUCUUUUCCGCCUUUUUAGGUGAUAAAAAUUUUUUUCCAUUUUGAUACAUACCAACCUUGAAAUUUCAAAAAAAAAAUUUUUUUUGGCGAUUAAUAAUUUUAUUUCCGUGCCUAAUUUUUUUUACCUUUUCUUUUUUUGGCUAUAUGUCAUUUUUGGCUUGCCCUUUUAUCUCUACCAAAUCUUUAAACAUUCUCUAUCUUUCUAGUCUGCUUUUCUUCUUUUCUUCCUCAAUAUCUCCCCCCUUCCCUCCCUCCCUCACACAUAUUUUCAUCAGUCCGGCAAUAUACCCAUAAACUGGGGGGACUUUGCCUUACGGAUAAUAAAAAAAUUUUCCUUUGUUGAAGAAAGUCAUCAUCUGCUGAUGAUGAUGAUGGUUAUUUUUUUAUGCUCUUCCCACAUCUGUGCAUUAUCACUGUUUUUAUAAGCCAAUAUUUGUAGCAAUCGAUGAAAAUAAGGGGGAAAAACUGACAGGCACCCACAAAAGCACUUCUUCCCUCAAAAAACCCCGCUGUGAUAUUUUUCCCCUUACUUUUUCUGAUUUUAAAUAUCAAAUUACUUUUAUUUUCUAAGUAUAUUUAUUUAUUUUUUUUGCCCUUUCCAUGGUGUUUUUAAUUAGCUGGGAAAAAAAUUUUUUUUAAUUUUUCAAAAAAUUUCAGAAAAAUUUUUUGAAAAAUUUUUCUGAAAUUUUUGAAAAUUUUUUGAAAUUUUUUUUUGAUUUUUUAAAAAAUUUUUAAUUUUUUUUCAGUAGAGAAAUGUUUUUAAACUUCAUUUUUAUUUAAUUUAAAACCAAAAAACAACAAACAAAAAAUAUGGUAAAUCAUCAACCAACAGAAAUAUCUUCAUCUUCGUUACCCACAACUUCAAAAGAAAAUUUAAACAAUUCAAAACAUGAUUGUAAAAAUUGUUGUCCACAUUGUGAGCUUUUUUGUAAUGAAAUGAGGCAAUCAAUGACUAGAUUAGACAAUAAAUUGGAUAGAUUGUCAGAGCAGUUGGCACAAAUCGUGGGUGUUGUUGUUGGGUUUCAUUCGACGACUGAUAAUAACAAUGGUCUGUCCAACAUUUUGGAAGUAAACAAUUUACAAAAUGGAAAUUCUUCUUCAUUUCCACCUUCACAACAACAACCAAAAGUUUCAUCAACAAAAGAAUCAAAUCAACAACAAACAGAAAAUUGUAAUCCUUUGAAUCAAGCAAUAAUUAAUUCAAGUAGUCGUUCAACAUCUCCACAAUCAAUAAUUGAUGAAAGAGAAGAGGGAGGUGGAGGGGGAAAUUUAAAAAUAAAUGGAAAUUUAAAUAUUGGAAGUCGAAAACGAAAAAGAGAUGUUAAUAGUCGUAAACAAUCAACAACAACAAUUAAAAAAGGAAUGACAACAAUGCAAUUACCAGCAGAAUUAAUUGGAAUAUUGCCACAACAACCUUCAACUACUGAGGAACAAAUUAAUUCAUUUCAAUUUUCUUCUUCUGAUCACCUUCAAAACAUUUCAUCAACAGAUUUACUUAAUUCAAAAAGUACAACAGACGAAUUAUUAGCCCAUUUACUUUCUAUGAGUACAACAACCACCACAAACAUUCCUCAAAGCAAUCCUUCAUCUCCAAGUAUAACAACAACAACACUUCCUCCCCAACCUCCUCCCUUUCAACCGCCGACAUCUUUAUAUCAAAUACUUUUUCAAACUAAAGACGAAAAUUUUGAAGAAAACCAACAAAAUAAUUUUGAAAAUUUGGAAGAAGAAAAUAAUGUUGUUGAAGGUUCUCCUCAACAACAGACUGAAGAAAAUUGUUCUUUAGAAAAUCCUCAAACUUCAAAUUUGUUGGCUGGACUUUUUGGAAAUGGAGGAAAUAUUGAAGAUUUUGGAGGACUUGUAGUAAAAAGUGAAAUAACUGAUAAUGAAAAUAGUGAAUAUAGUAAUAAUAUUUUGGCUGAUACAAGUAGUGGGUCUCCACAGAUUGAAAAUCAGCUUGAAAAUGGUGCCAAUUCAACGUCAACAACAACAUCAGUAUCUCGUUGUAAUAAUUGUUUUACAACAAAAACAACAGCUUGGCGUCGUGAUGCUACUGGAAGUUUAGUUUGUAAUGCAUGCGGACUUUAUUUUAGAUUACACAGAACAAAUCGUCCAGUUCAUAUGCGUAAGGAUUUUAUUCAACAACGUUUUCGAAGAAAGAAUCAACAACAACAACAAAAUAACCCAAGUUUUGUAAUAAAAAAUGAAAUAAAACAACAAAAUCAGCAACAAUUAAUUAAUUUAGCCGUAAAUGGUUCUGCUGCAGCUGCUUUAGUUUUGGCUGCUUUGGAAGGUGGGGGAGGAGGUGGAAAUACUAAUGGAAGAAAGAAAAGUUUGGAAAAAGGCGGGGGAGAAGAAAUAAUUCGUGAACAACAACACCAAUCUGUUUUGGAUGCAAAAAUGACUGCUGAAGCUUUUUUAAAUUCUACACACAUUUUAAAUGGAAUUUUGGAACAACAAAGUCAAUAG